AUGCCCACUCUAACCCUCACACAGCUCCCUGAGCUCCCCGAGCUGAACCCGGACCGUACCCCCACAGCCCCUGCGCCCCACACGCGGGAUCCCCAAGACGAGGUCAUGCAAGAAGACGACCAGACCGCACGCGCAGCCCGUCCCCGCGCAACCACGGUACGGCCGCCCCCCGCAGUGGCAGCCCCCGCCCCUCGCCGCAUAGCCCCCUACGUCGAGUUCGCUGAACCGGACCCUGGUGGCUUUCCCCGCCCGCAAACAUGCACCUGGCCCGAAAUCUUCCUUAACACCCAACCGGCUCAACGCGCCGCCUGGGAGCGCCAAGACAUGGAGACCUCCGUCCUAAUUUACUUUGCAAGACCCCGCGACUUCACGAACCCCUCGACACUCACCACGCAAGCCCUAGGGGCGAUUGAAGCCCUCUUCCCUGUAGCGCGCGAGGAGUGCGCCAACCCACCCGGAUCCCGCGGCCGCGACAUCCUCCUAUACCAGCCCAUCCCUAACAAACGGGUGGAACCUUACUGCCUCGUCCGGGGUCUCAACCGCGACGUGGUGUUUACCCUCCGCUCUCAGCCCGUCUGGUCGACCACGAGAGGUACCUUCUUUGUCCUCCCGCACCCAGUCCCCAUACCGGAGUUCGCAUGCUCUCUCGUCAAUAUCUACUGUCUCGAAACCUUCGCCGAAGAUCUCCGCGACGAAAUCGUCGCCACCCUCCGCAACAACACCGGCUUCGUCAACAUAUCGACCAUUGGGGCUAUCGAGAGGGGCAUUACCGACGCGGCUGCCCAGGAAGCCGCCCGGAACCACACGCUCGACGGCCUCGUCAUCCGCCUCAUCCGCAUCCCCCGCGGAGACAACGGGAGCGAAGGGUUCGACGAACGAUGGAACCUUUACAUGCCCUGCCCCGUCAGCGAAGAACGGCACGGUGACUGGACUCGCCUCCUCGCCUCGAUCAGCUUCCCCACGUCCUGGGGCACCGGACGCGCAGCCCAGGAAAUGCGAUGCACCUACUGCCUCGGGCGCGACCACCAGCGCUCCAUCUGCAACUACCAGGAGCACCCCAGCUGGUUCGACACCCCAGCCGUCGCACCAACCUCGCAGAAUAACCAAUCCAACAACUCCGGCAACCGCGGUAGCCGGGGAGGAGCGCGCGGUCGAGGCCGCGGCCGCGGUCGCGGCCGUGGCAACACGAACUAA